AUGCCGCUGCAACAGCAGCAGCAGCAGCAGCAGCCGCUGCAGCAGCAGCAGCAGCAGCAGCACCGGCUUCCUAAAGUGCUGUUCAUAAUUGGCCCCACAGGCGUGGGCAAGUCCCGCUUGGCUUUUGACUUGUGCAUGAAGUUAAAGGACAAAGGAGUCCAAGCGGAAAUCGUCAGCGCAGACUCUAUGCAGGUCUACAAGGGCUGCGACAUAGGCACUGCGAAAGCAGCAGCAGCAGAAAGAGCAGCAAUUCCGCACCACCUGCUGGACCUUUGCUGCCCCCAGGAGGCCUUCACUGCUGCGGACUUCUUAGCAGCAGCAAAGCGCACCGUGCGUGACCACUGGACCGGACCAAUCAAAGCGCUGAGCCAGGCGGGCAAGUUCCCGGUGGUGGUGGGGGGCACUCAGCUGUACGUGGAGCUGCUGCUGUGGCGCUCUGCUGUCGACGUUUACAGCGACUCCGAAUUAAAUCCAAAAAAAGAAAAAACGCAAAAAAGGGAAAUUCAAACGGACAAAAGCGAAGAAAAAGCAGAAUCAAAUUUCCCUGCACCAAGCAGCAGCAGCUGCCCAGCAGCAGCAGCACAGCAGCAGCAGCAGCAGCAGCAGCAGCAGCACGGCAGCACCAACAACAGCAAGUUGAUUGGUAAGUGA